GUGGGAGCGGCCCUGCGGCUGUGAGGCGUGUGGGCGGGGGCUGCUGUCGGUCGGCGCUGCGGACGGGGGCUGGUGGCUGCGUGAGGGCCGAGGGCUGCCACAGGCCGGUGGAGCGGGUCGGGGUGCGGAGUCUGCGCAGCCGCCGGCCGAAGCGGGGCUUUGCCUGCCACCCUCCUGCCAGGCGCUGAGGAGCUGCAGCCGAGCCCGGUGCCAGCGGGAUGUCAGCCCCACCAGACAAGCCGCACGACAUCCUGAAGAGCUAUGCGAAAAGCCUGCUGCGGACCCAGCCAGAGGAGUGGAGGAAGUUCGAGGGCAAUGAGGAGGCUGCGGCCGUGCUGGAUGAGUUCUUCCAGCAGCCGGACGUGCAGGAGUUGGUGCUGGGGCAGGAUCCCACCGGGCAGCUCCAGGCAACCGCCCAUUUCCCACCCACCCUCGAGAGCAAGGCCGUCUACUUCGUGAAGAAGAAGAGGGAGGAGAUCACCCCAGAGAACUUUCAGAGUGGGGUGAUGGUGGGAGACAUCAGCCCCUCGCCGGUGGAGCAGCUCAUUACCAUGAUGGAGGAGGUUGUGUCCCCUCUGCUCCUGAGCGAGAAGAAUAUGGCAGGCUUGCCUGGGGUGGUGGUGGAGGAGAUUGUGCAAGAAACUCGCCAGCUGAAGGAGGAGAUGUUGGUGAUGCGUGCGAAGAUCCAGGGGAAGCCGCUGCUCGUGCUGCCAGAGCACCUGGACAGCCGCUUGGCGGGGCCCAUGGACAACUCAAUGCUGCCCACCAUCGAGACCGUGGUCACGCAGUGGUCCCACCAGAUCCGAGACGUCCUGAGCAAGGACUCGGAGCAGUCGCUGCUGGAGGGGCUGCAGCUUCUGCCCAGGACCGAGAUCGACUUCUGGCACACCAGGACGGUCGCCCUGCAGUGCGUCAAUGACCAGCUGCUCUCUCCCCGAGCGACGGAGAUAGCUGAAGUUCUGGAGAAGGCCAACAGCUGCUACUGGCCAAUGCUCCAGAGCUUGCUCAGGGAUGUCAGUGCCGGCCUGGAGGAAGCCAAGGACGUCGGCCUCCACCUGCAACAGCUUCGGAUCCUGUUGGAAAAGUUGGAGCAGGCAAAUUACUUGCAGCUGCAGCCCUGCCUGGACAGGGUGCUGUGCGCCGUCUACCUCCUCCGUGCUCACUGCCAGUACUACAGCUCGCCUGCCCGGGUCAUCAUGCUCCUGCGGAAGAUCUGCAACCUCCUCAUCGAGAUGACCUGUACCUUCGUGAGCCGUGAGGGUGUGAUGAAGGGGCUGCAAGGAGAAACCCAAGAGAUCUUGGGAAGAAUCAGGCUGAGCAUUUCCACCGUGGAGAAGUUCUUCCAGUCCUACAGCACUUACUGCUCUGACCCGAUUCCCACCUUGCUCCAGGAGGAGCUACAGCUCUGGAAACUUCCUCCCUUCCUUCUGUUCAGGAGAAUGGACUCCUUCUUGCAGAGGCUCAAGACUAUCGAGGAGCUGUACCAGACAGCUAUGGAGUUCCAGAAACUGGAGAAGGCAGAGCUGGAAGGAGUGAGAGAAAAAAUCUUCAGGAGCCAGCUGUUUCAGAUCUGUGAGGAGGUCUCAGAACUCAUCAAGGCUUUUGUGGAGUGCAAAUAUGAUCCCUUAGAUCCCACCGAAGAGCAAUGGGACAAAGACUUUGCAGCAUUCCAGAAGAAGAUGGAGGACGUGGACAGGAGGCUGGCCACCACCUUCCGCCAAUGCUUUGAAGACUGCAGCCGCCUGGCAUCUGCUGUGAAGUCAGUGCACAUGUUCUCCUCCCUGCUGGAACGACCUUUGAUAAAGGCCGAAGUAUCUCCCUGUUACUCAGCCCUGCUGAGAAUGUUCCACGCGGAGCUGAAGAACGUGAGGGUGCUGUUUGAAGCCCAGACCACUUCCCUACCGUCACCUGGGGCAGGGCAAGUUAGCAACAAAAACUUGCCACCGGUGGCCGGGCAGCUGGCGUGGGCUCUGGAGCUGCAGCACCAGCUGGAGAGACCAUACAGGGACUUGUUUGCCAUCAGCCACCCUGCGAUGGCCUGUGCUGAAGCUAAAGAAGUGUCCGGGCAGUACGAAGAAAUGAUGGGACUGCUGCAAGGUUACAGUGAGAAGGUCUACGAGGAGUGGAUGCACGGAGUUGGCCAGGACUGUCACUUCGGUCUGGAGCAGCCCUUGAUUCUGAGAGACUCCGUCUCAUCCCUUCUCAGCAUGAACUUCAGCGAAACACUGGUGGCUGUUCUGCAGGAGGUGAAGUACAUGAAAUUCCUGCAGAAGAGCAGUGCUGAGAGUCUCUUUGCUCAAAAGGAGUCCUUCCAAAAGUUUGUGAACAACGUGGAACACAUCGUUGGCUGGUACAAUGAGGUGAAGCGGUGUCUGCUGCCAGUGGAGCUGUCGCUGCUGGCCGGGGAGCUGGAGGCUGUGGAGAGCACCGUCUUUUGCUACCGCGAAGGCAUCGGGGAUUACAUCCAGAAGAUGAGAGAGUGCUUGUGUGACUUGCACACCAGGGUCCAGAAAGCAAAGUUAAAUGUGGAAGCCAUUGCCCAGCUGAUGGAGGACUGCUCAGCCACGCCCGUCUUUGGAAGGAAAGACCAAAAGGAGGCAGCGCUUCUGGACCUGUCUGGGAAGGCAGAGACCUUAACCAAACGCUGUGCUGCCCUCAAGGACACAGGUGUAAAGAUCCAGAAGAUGGUGGAGGAGAAUGCACGUCUGUUUAAGGCUGACGUGUCCUCGCAGCUCUGGCUGGACUAUGUGGGAUACAUCGAUGGAAUUGUGCUGGAUGGCCUCUUCAAACUUGUGCGCAAAUCUCUGCAGCUGCUGCUCACCAACAUGGCUCCUGCUGCUGACACGGCCCCAGCCCCGUUGUUUGAGGUGCAAAUGGAGCUGCGUGAUGGUAGAGUGCGGUACCAUCCCUCAUUGGAGGCAAGAGACGACAACAGCUUCCUGGAGCUGGUGGAGAGCCUGCUCAGCGAUCUCUAUGCCUGUGCGGCGUGCGUGCCUCGGCUGCUGAAGGGGGAGCUGACCUACAAGCGCACCUUGGAGGAGCAGGCGGAGCUCAGCAGGAUGAGGGAGAAGGUGGUGUCACUGGUGGUCAGUGCCAUGACGGAAGCUGAGGAGUACAGCACUGGCUUUGAGGAGCAAGCCCAGCAGUGGCUGGAGGAUCCUGAGGACUUCCUGCAGCGACUCCUCAACUUUGGCAGUGGCGCCAGCCCUGAGGAGCUGGAGCCACAGCCAGAGGAGCCCCUGGCUCGUGGAAGCCCAUGCGUUCAGCUCUUUCAGCUGGAGAUUGACGCAUGCGAGGCCACGUACAAGGAGGUAUCAGACUUAGCCAACACCCAGGUGUUUAAGGGGUGGCUGCGGAGCGACUGCCGCCCCUUCAAGCAGGCACUGCUGGCUGCCAUCAAGUCCCGGGGCCUGGUGCUCCGGCAGCACCUCGUCAGCCACGUCACCGCCAGUCUCCAGGAGCUGGAGGGUUUCCUCCGAGACCUGGACACUGGCUUGAAUAAACCUCUGGAGGAGGGAGACUACGAUGGCUUGGUAGAAAUGAUGGGGCACGUGAGGAGGGCCAAGGAGAGGCAGGCAGCGACUGAUACCAUGUUUGAGCCCCUGAAGGAGAUGGUUGCCCUUCUCAGCAGCUAUGGAGAGCAGAUGCCAGAGGAGAUCCACCUGCAGCUCCAGGUCCUCCCCAAGCGCUGGGACAGCACUAAGAAACUCUGCUUGCAUGUAGAGAAGACUGUGGCCUCUCUGCAAGCCGACAUCAUCCCCGGGAAGUGUGGCAGUGGGGGCACGGACUCCCAACAGUGAUACAGAUGAAAUAAAGUUUAUUGAGAGAAAGUACAGCUUAUGUACCCGU